AACCAGCCGCGCUGCCACACUCCGUUCUCUCCUCGUCCAUUUUGCGGUGAGUCUUUGAACGCGGAGGAAAAUGCCGGACCCGGCCAAGUCUGCUCCUGCUCCCAAGAAGGGCUCCAAGAAAGCCGUCACCAAAGUACAGAAGAAGGACGGCAAGAAGCGCAAGCGCAGCCGUAAGGAGAGCUAUUCCGUCUACGUGUACAAGGUGCUGAAGCAAGUGCACCCGGACACCGGUAUCUCGUCCAAGGCCAUGGGCAUCAUGAACUCCUUCGUGAACGACAUCUUCGAGCGCAUCGCGGGCGAGGCUUCCCGCCUGGCGCACUACAACAAGCGCUCGACCAUCACGUCCCGGGAGAUCCAGACGGCCGUGCGCCUGCUGCUGCCCGGGGAGCUGGCCAAGCACGCCGUCUCCGAGGGCACCAAGGCCGUCACCAAGUACACCAGCUCCAAGUAAAGCGCAGCCAAGACGUGAUUGAUCGACUUUACCCCAAAGGCUCUUUUCAGAGCCACUUCAGCUCUCCAAGAAAGAGCUGUAACCACUAAUAACCUAUGAUCUCUUGCUUAGGCUAGUGGAACCCACCCCGGAAAGCAGGAAAGCAGCAGAUGAGAAGUUGACAGAGAGGUCACUCACCUACUUGUCCACCAGCUGGAACUGCAAGAGACACAGAUAUCAGCUGAUGGACAGAAGAUGAUGAUGACGAAGGAGAACUGGAAGAGAGGUCACGUCGACUUUGAGGACCCAGAUGAAGUCUCCUGGUUAUUUCUAAUUUUAACCAUUAUGACAAGAACUGCAACAUCUCUAAAUUUUGAAUUAUUAUUUCCUUAGGACACAUUCCUAGACUCAGAUAAAUGCUACCAGAGCUGAAAGAGGUGGUGCAUGCUUAUAAUCCCACCCUUGGGAGACAAGGCAGAAGGGUUAUGAGUUUGAGGCUAGCCUGUGCUACACAGCAAGACUUGUCUCAAAAGAGAAAACCUGGCUGGGGUUUGAUCUACAGUACACACAACAAAAAUGUCAAAAUAUUUAUCAGCAUAAUAUAUUUGUGUGCCACUAAUUAUUCUUGUUACGUAUUUUCUCAUAGUCCUCACACUAACCCAGAAAUGGAUGCUAUUGUUGUCUCCAUUUUACAAGUUAAAAAAAAAAUAAGUCAAUUCAAUUACUUGUGGAGGGUGGGGGGAGAGAAUGAGAAAUGACAUGUAAAUACAUAUAUAUUAAAGAGGUAGAAUUCAAACCCAGACAGUUGAUCUCCUUCACAUCCUCGUGAACAGACUGUAACACUGGCCCCUUCGCCCCUGGAAAUCCCAAGGUCGAUGUGCUGCGACCAUCAAGAUAACACCUCAGUCAGAAUGCGGUAGAGGAGGGACCCGUGACCGAAAGGACAAAAUGCUUUUUUCCCCUAAUAAAUAUCUGUAGUUUCCAAAUGAAA